CGGUCGGCGGCCCGUCAUUCCCCGGCCGGGCGGACGUCACCCGGCCCUUGGUCGUCGAUCGGCCCGUUUCGGACAGUUGAUUGCCCGGCUUUUAAUCUCGGGGGGUUGGCGCUUGCGGGCCGCCUUCAAUCCAGCUCCGCUUGGGGCUGUUGCCGCUCAAAUGGUCCAAGGAUCGGAGCCAGGAGAUGAUGGCGGGAGGGGGUAGCGUGGAGGCACCGGCUCGAAAGGCGCGGAUCGACGUGUGGCUAUUUAAGCCCAUGGACUCGAGAGCGGGCGAGAAUGUCGUCUUCUUGGGGCUGCGAAGCGAAGCGAAGGUUCGGGUCGUCGUCGUCGUCGUUGUCGUCGCAUAUGGGCACCCGGAUCCGCGUGGCCAGGGGCUGCGGGGGCGCAUUUGCGUGUAGAUCGAUUUCUGAUGAUUCGGUUCGGGGGCGAUGUCCAUUAUUAUGGCACCGUCACGGGGAAUCGGUUGGCAACGAUGGCGCGCUCGUGGAGGGAGGGAGAGAGGGAGCCGGAGUCGAGAGCAGCUCCGAGAUCGGUUGAGCUUUGACCGAUCUGCUGCCAGUCUUUCUGUUUUAGCAAUUCGAUUCGGAUCGCGUGCGCAGGUAUCGAGUGAUUGACAUGAGCUGCGUACUUUCCGUCAUGGUUGCACCCCGCGGCCUUGGAGUCAUCUUGUCCUGGCGUCGCUGUCAACGAAGAACGUGUGACACAAUCCGUGAGUACGAAUUUGUGGCAGGAACAGGAUCCGAGCGCGCGCGAGGGAUUUUGCGGUUCUUGUUGCUAUCGAGGCCGUUGUUAACGAACCGUCGGGCUCUUGUUGAGGUAGACGAAGUGGCAGGGCGGGCGGGUUUAGGCCGGCCCGAAAAGCAUGCUCAAGACGAUGGGAAUCUGACUAGUCGUUUUCGCCGUGAAAGCAAUUCUCGUGUCAUGGACGCUCUUGGUUAUGCCGAUGGCGGACGAUCUUAUGCAUGACUUGAAACGAGACCAAUCAAGCUCAGGGUCGGGGCGAGAUGCGUUUGAAGGACUCGGGAGACUCCCAGCGAACCUACAGGUGGAUUGGAUGGGUUUCAGCUGUUUCUUGGAAAGGUACAGGGUACUCUGGCAAGCGGAGGCAACGCAUUUCAUGCUCUGUUGAGCUGCGGCCGAGAUUUUGAUGACAUAGCUCUUCUGGAGAGCUGCAGGUUUUAAUCUCUUCGCAACGAGGACUCAGUUCAGAGUCUACAGUCUCAUUUUUGAGCACAUUCAUGAGAAAUCGACCCACAGGAAGAACGUCAGUCACUUCAUGGAAACGCAUAAUUCACUCCGUACUGAGACAGCGACGAGAGAGAGAUCACGACUUAAGUGUAGGAUGAUUGACACAAACUGUCAUUCAUCUAAAUUAUUUGUCUCGGCCAUCUUCGUCCUGUUCAGCCAGGGACAGGACAUCAUCGAACUUACAGUCGAGUCGGAUUGCUCGCCGAAUAAGAUGAGCACACUCUUCUCCCUCGUGAAGGCGAAUGUCUACUGUCUCGAAACGACGGAAUGUGAUGGAAUGGACCUCGGCCGACCGCUUGCUAGUCAGAGGGCAAUUCAUGGCUAUCCUUCGACCUUCGAUCACGACGGCUGAAUGAGCGUCUCAUGUAUCGAGAAACUGCGACCUCGAGUCCGUCGAAUUGAGGCAAGGUUUUCUUAAUUCAGAAUUGAAAGAUCCAGAACUAUAGACGGGUACUGUUGUGUGCUGCGGAACGGAUCGGUGGGUCAUUAUCGGCUUGUGUAUCAGACCUCAUUAAAGAGAAUUGGAGAUAUCCAUCGGGGCUGACAUGAGUUUAGCACAGCUUAAGGUUGGAGCUGUUUAUGGUGAAUUGUGACAUAAGCCAACGAUUCAACCGAUUAUGUCGAUCUAAGAAGAAUUCUUUGGCAAAUACUCUCUACCGCCACGGCUGACACCAUAUCCAUAUUUUCUUCCACUGCCAGUAAUACCAUCCAAGUGAAGUACAGUACGAUAUCACUUCCAAAAUAAGAGGUCACAAGUCGGUGCCAAAGUCCCCACCCGGAUAAAUAUACACUGGAGCUUCACACAGAGCUGCUUGCUGGGAUUUCAGCUGCCUGAAGAACUGCGACUUCCUGUCAUUGAGUUUCUAUAAAUUUGUAAACUCAUAAAUAGUAGCGUAAAAAUUCGGCGGAGUGAUUGAAAACAUUUCGUGACACACCGGUGAUGCUCGCACGUCAGCAGAAAGUGCAGCGACUUCAAACCAAGAGAGAGAAAGAGAGAGCAGCUCUCUUCUUCCGUAGAGAACAGUCCCACCUCACGCCGCAGCUGCAUUCUGCAUUCUGCGAUUCCCGAGGAGCUCGAAGGUUUGUUGUUGUGUGCUCGAGCGAGUGUGACCAUGGAAUGGCCGGGCCAAACGGUUCAGUGUGUCUGGGGCGAGGCGACCUUUCGACAUUCCAACCAAGUGUGGGCCGAAGGGGCAAACAGCUGGGAACCCAAGCCGCAGCUGUUCAGCGGCACCGCACCUCUCUCUCAUAGGGCAGGGAGUCCAGCGGUGCCACGAUUUGUCCCUUACGAAAUUGUUGUGAUGCGACUGUUAAGCCGUACGCAUUCUUUUCAUCCUCUUGUUUUAUCCUGGCCCGUCGAAGAAGUUGGCACCCGAGAGAGGGAUUGUUAACGAGCGCCAUGCACGAGGACGAAGGUUUGCCCAGGGUCCCCCCAAAAAUUCCGUUAGCUACUUUCUCUGGAUCGUCUGGAUGACAAACUUUGGCCUCACCGAUCCACAUGGUGAUGAUGGUAGCCUUGACAAUGUCUUCGGGAAAGAAUUUUGCUUGAUUCGGUGUGAGGAAAUCAAAGGGAAUGACCUGCAACAUCUUUAUGACUUUUAUAUCACUGACAUAUAUUUUCAAUUAUACUUUAUAGCUAAUGAAACAGAUCUGCCCAAAGAUGAGAGGAUGUUCGUUUGUUGAGGCCUACAGAUAAUAAAUUCGUGCGACAUAUACUGCUUAAGC